AUGGACAGUUUGCGCAGAUUUGGGUCAUCGGUGUACGAAUUCUGGAGGAGCACGAUCGAAUGGCGAAGUCCAGCUUCUGCACCUUACCUUAUGAUCGUCAACAUGGCAUUUUGGUCAACUGCUUUGUACUGCUCGGAGUUGGUUCAAGUUCGUCUACUGCUCACAUUGGCAGCAGUUGUAGUUGGAUGGGACGUGCUACUGUCUCCCACCCAUGAGCGAAAUAUUGCCACUCAUGUAGUGUUGUGGCCUUUGCAGUCCAUAUGGCGGACUUUGUCGGUUUGCGGUUGCUUCUACAGUUCACAUCAGCUGCGACUUCAACAGUUAGAACCAGCUUGUAUUGCCGCCUAUGGCACAGUGGGCUGUCUGCUACUCAAUCCCGUCUGGAACUAUUAUGAGAUGAACCAAAAGAUUGUGAAUGGAGCAAAAAUAUGUGGACGAAGAACGGCUGAUAUAACUAAGUUGGUCAUCAUUCAUCCGCUGCAGCGGGUUUACCAUGCUGUAGAGUACAUACUAUUACUUCGGUUCAUUCCGCCGUUAUGGUGCGGUCUGAUAUCGUUUUUGGCUAGAAUUCAGUCGUCAAUAAAGGAUGGUAUCAGAUAUGUCGUGUCAUCUAUCAAGAACUCUAUCUGCAUGACUAUCAGCUAUUUCGAGAGUCUUAUCAUUUGCAUAAACAUAUGGAUAUCAGAGACAAUAAUUGAACCAACAAAGAGGAAAUUCUACGCCUUUGGUCGCUGGCUACGGUAUUGGUUUUGCGUAGAGUGGUGGCCUGAUUUGAGGUUGUGGAUUAAAAACAGAAUCGGUCAACCACUUCGUCGUGCUUUCAAUUACUUCUGCUUUGGUCUAGUUUAUGUCCUUUGCGGUCAUUGGAUAUUGACGGUAUGGGUGUGGUUAGUAGCACGGCUUCGGUGUCUCAAGGACUUUAUCAUGGCACAGGCACAACGAUUGCGCGACUUUACUCACCGUACUGUCGUAGUACCUACGAAGAAGCAGGCUCGACGGAAGCUUCUGGUGGUGAGGAAUCUUCUGAAAGCGUUUCCACCGUUUGUGUGGUCACUCUACCUUUGUCAACAUGUAGUUUUAAAGGUGCUUAAAGAACAAGAUGGAUUCUAUACUAUGGCCGAUUUGUGUCCUCGUCGUUUACAUCGGUCGAGAGUUAUGUAUGUUGAUAUAUCGACUGCUAUUACAGAUGACAGUGAUAUCGAACUGGAAGGUAUGUUGCCAGACGAGAUCAUCGAUAAAGGCGAGAAAGUUAGCAUCUACGGCAGCGAGAGCGAAGAUUCGCUUAGCGACUUGCUACCGUCACAUAUGAAUGAGGAAAAUGACUUUACAUUUGGUCUUGCGUUCCCGACGAUUCACGCUUCUGAAUCCAGUGACGAUGAGUUUGACCUUAAAGUACCGUCGAAGCAGGAGCCCAGCAAACGGAGGCGUCAGAAGAGUGAUCAAGUAGACAAUUGUGGGGUGCACGAUCAAAUCACGCCGAAAUCAGCGCCAACAUCAGAGAGUCGUCAUUAUGGUCCUCCUCAAUCGUUCGAUAAUGAAUUCGAGCUACUUCAGUAG